UAUAAUGAAAAGGGAAAGUGAGAAUUCGAUGCGUCAAGCUUAGGUCCUUUCAAAGUCUCAAUUAUUUCCUCUUCUUCGUUGAGAUUUCUGAGGAAGACGAAACAAAAUGCUCUCGAUUUGGGUAAAAUAGCUUCAUGGGUUUAUGAAUCUCGCUUCGAAAUUUUCUCAGUUUGCUCAAUAAAAACUUAAGCUUUCAAUCUGGGUCUCUCUCCUUAAUGAUGCAUGAUGAAACCAUUGGGAGAGGAGUCCAUAAGGCAGGAUCUAGAAGUUUUGACUGUGUCGAAGCGGCUUGUGAAAAGUGUUAGUCAGAAGUUAAAGAAGAAGAUUCAUAAAUCUGAGGUUGUGGAAGAUGAAGUGGAUGAUGCAAGGGGUGGAGUGAAUUGUCUAAGUAUUAGUGUUGGUUGCAGAGUUGCUGAUACAGGUGAGGAUUUUGAGGAUCCUUGUAAUAAGAGAUGGUCUAGUGCUAGUGAGGAAGGUAAGGGGUUGAUGACUAUUUGUGGAACUGAAGAAACUAGGUUAGAUUGUUUUUCUUAUGGUGUUAAAGAGAGGUUUUGGAAGAAGAAUUAUAAAAAGUAUUUAGUGGAUUCGGCUCAGGAUAACCGCAAGAAUAUAUUUCUUCCGGAUGAUAUUCUUGAGAUGUGUUUGAUGAGGCUUCCUUUGACUGGUCUGUUGAAUGCACAUCUUGUUUGUAAGAAAUGGCGAUCUAUGGCUACUACCCAGCGGUUCCUCCAGCUGAGACGAGAAGGUUCUUUUCAAACCCCGUGGUUGUUUCUGUUUGCUGCUCAUAAAGAUAGUUGCUCCUCUGGUGAAAUUCAUGGGUAUGAUGUCUCUCAAGACAAAUGGCACAGGAUUGAAACUGAUUUACUUAAGGGGCGGUUUAUGUAUUCAGUGACGAACAUCCAUGAGGAGAUUUAUAUUAUUGGAGGUCGUUCUAUGGAAAGAAACUCUUUCAAGUCGCACAGAGGGAUCUUGGUAUUCAGUCCUUCGACCAAAUCAUGGCGUAAAAUUGCAUCUAUGAGACAUGCUAGAUCACUUCCCAUCGUUGGUGCCUCUGAAGUUACUUCAGACUUCUCGACCAUACAGACCCAACAGAAUCGCCAAGAUAAACGCUUUCACCUUUCCAGAGUUGGCGGAGUAUCAGACGUUUAUGAAGACCCUCACAGACUAUCCGUAAGACGACAGCACAGAAACUUGGCUGAUCAAAACGGCACUAAAUCCCUCAGAUUAGCAAGACAAAAGCUUGAUCGGCUAAACAAAAACAGCUCCAAGAGAUUCGUGCUCAUUUCCAUUGGAGGCACUGGAUUUUUUGAUGAGCCACUGGAUUCAGGUGAAAUAUACGACUCAGCAACAAACACUUGGUCAGAAAUCCAGAGACUCCCGAUGGGUUUCGGGGUUGUAUGUUGUGGGAUCAUAUGCAAUGGAAUCUUCUACGCUUAUUCUGAGAAUGAUAAGCUAUCAGGAUAUGACAUAGAGAGAGGCUUCUGGAUUGCAAUCCAAACAUCUCCAAUCCCUCCUCGGAUUCAUGAGUUCUACCCUAAACUCAUCUCUUGCAACCAUCGUUUGUUCAUGCUCUCUGUUUCAUGGUGCGACGAAGGAGAUGGACAGAUUGGGAGGAGAAACAAAGCAGUGAGAAAGCUGUGGGAGUUGGAUCUUGUUUACCUCACAUGGACCGAGGUUUCAGUACACCCGGACGCACCAAUGGAUUGGAACGCCACAUAUGUCUCAGACAAGAACAUACUAAUGGGAGUUGAGAUGUUCAAAAUCUUUGGGCAAGUAUUAGGUUUCUUCACCGUCUGUGAUACCUUAACGGAAGAAGCCUCUUGGAGACAUGUUUCGAGGAACCAAAGGAGCCAAAAACUUAACCUAUCUUGUAUGAACAAAACCAUUGCCUUGCUUCAUCUCUGAUCUUCUUUUUCAUUAAUUUUUAUAACUAUCAGGACUUGUGAAAUUGAUUGAUUCGUGUAUUAAAAAGAAAUGAAAUGUGCCAGUCUCUUGUGGUUUAUUUGAAAAGUAAUGUUCGAUUUUGUUAGGAAGAA